UUUCAUAAAAACAAAACAACUUUGCAAAGUGUAGUUUAUUAUGCUUUUUUUUGUUACUUACCAACCAUGGCUCUGUUGUUGGAGGGAAUGACUUUUUUUGCUCCAGAUGGCAACUUAACCCUAGUUUUUUUUGUGUCGUGGUUGUGGGCAAUUACGGUGGCAUAGUUACCAGAUGCACGGGCCAAACGACCACGGUCACCAGUUUUCUCUUCCAAGUUGCACACAAUGGUACCUUCAGGCAUGGCUCCAAUUGGCAAAACGUUACCUUAAAAAAAGAAUAUUGCGUGUCGAUUUGUGGUGUAUUUGUAGUUGUAAUGUUAUUGUUUUGUGAGAUAUCAGAAAGAGCCUCUAGUAAAUAUAUCCUCAAGGUUUUUUAUGUAGGUUGUAGGUUUAGGAUAAAAACUAGAAAUCAUCAUGAAAAUCACGCUAAAAAGAGCAUAGGUGUCAUUUGGGGUACCGUACCGAUUUGCAAGUUGGCUUUCUUUCCACAGUAAACAAACUGUCCGGUGUACAUGCCUUCUGGGGCAAUGAAAAGCUCCUUCCUGGUCUGGAACUUGUAGGGGUCCCUGAAGUUGACCAUGGCCAAGGGGGCGCCGCGACCGGGGUCGUGGAUGAUCUCCUUUACCACCCCCUUGAUGUAUCCAUGACGUUCGCUGAAAUCCAAGUAGCGGAGCUUGGGGGCUCCCUUCCUUUUUUUCGUGUGGGAUUUGAAGACGGAUCCCGCACCCUUACGUUGCGCACGAAUUACACGUCCCAUGGUUUUCGGACUGCAACAGAAAAGACUGUCAGUCGAACCUAACCUCAAUUACUCACUGUCAAUAUUUUCCCAAAUUUUCGAAAUAAAUCGCAAAAAUAUCUACUGAUUCUACAAAAUUAACACUCUAGAAUAUCCACCUUACACUUAUUUAUCACAGAUGAUUAUUAUUUAACACGAUAUUUUAAGAUUCUUGUAAAAACUAAAUACAAACCUACCGUGCUCAAAACACUCAAAAUGAAAGAAGUGAAAAAGAAAAAUUCCCUAGGAAAUCACUUUCCGAUUGCCAACUUAAAAAAAAACUGUUGCCAACCGAUUAUUUAUAGGUUAGAAAUGUCAAAUUAUUUCCCGCCGUUUUAUACACCUUGCUAUUUUAUUUGUAUUCUUAAAAAAACGUUUUAAAUGGCAGAUUCACCCGAACAAGUGCCGAAAAGGCAAAAACGAGAGUCAUCAUACAAAUCAAAAGCUUUUGAGAGGUUCAAGCAGCUUAAAAGUGGUAAUAGAAACAAAUAUGAAGUGGAAGAUGUGGAAAACAUUUACGAUACCGUGGAUGAGAAAGAGUACACCAAACAAGUUUUGUCCAGACAAGACGAUGAUUGGAUUGUUGAUGAUGAUGGGAGUGGUUAUGUGGAGGAUGGCAGAGAAAUUUUUGAUGACGAUUUGGAUUCUCAAUCCAUUCAACAAGCCUCAAAAGGUAAGGGUACAAAACGCAAGAAAAAGGCUGUUGCUGAGAAUGCCGGCAGAGGAAAUAUACACAUGAUGUUGUCGAAUAUCAAGCCCAAAAAGAAAGAGGAAGUUAAAAUUGAUGAGGAUGAUAUGUUAUCUGAACUACUGGGUGAAAUAGAUGAAUCCACUCCAUCUACAAGUACAAUAAAACCAAAACCAAUGUCGCAAAGUUUUAAUCUGUCCUCCAAAAAACAAGCAGCCAAUGAUUACAUGAAAACAUUUUCUUCCUUUAAACCGCCAUCAAUUAAUACAAAAAUCACCAAAACCAACAAAGUUGAAAGUAAAUUUGUUCUGCAAGAAAAAUUGGAGGCCAAUAACACAGUUACUGUAUUAAAAGAGGAGAUAGUUAGUCCUAAGAUUAAUAAAGACACCAAAAAAUUAAAUGAGACUGAGUUAACAGACAUAACAAUGGAGGAGUUUUCAAUGGAUGAUUUUGAUGAUGAUAUGGGAGUGUCAGAAAUUGAUGAAAUCAAGCAGGAAAAUGUAACAAUAACCGAAGAAAUUAAUGAGGAAUCUUUGCUAAUGAAUCAGCAGGAGUUCAUGAAUGAGUGGGUGACUUCUCAGGAAACUGCCACCAAUUUGAUAGAAGAAAAAGUUGAUUUGAGUACUGCAGAUAUUCCAUUGAUUGAUGUGGAUGGUCAAAAGGUGUUCAGAUUCUACUGGUGGGAUGCAUUUGAAGACCCAAACAGAAUGAAAGGCACUGUCUACUUGUUUGGUAAGACUUUCAGUGAAAAAGCCAAAAAAUAUGUGAGCUGCUGUGUGGCUGUAAGAGAUAUACAGCGGCGGAUUUUCGUUUUGCCUACAGUGCAUGAUAAUGAUGGGAACGCGAAAAUAAAUACCUACAAUGAGUUUAAUGAUAGUGUAAUGAAGCAUUUGCAAGUGUCCAACUUCAGAAGCAGAUUUGUGACCAAAAGAUACCCUUUCAAUCCUGAGAUACCUUUGGAAUCUGAAUACAUGGAAGUCAGAUAUGCUUGCAAGGAAAGAGAAAUAUACGUGGACGACAUCUACCCGAAACCGAAAUACUUCUCGAAAAUAUUCGGCAUCAACAGCAGCUACCUGGAGCUGCUGCUGUUAGACCGCAAAAUCAAGGGGCCGUGCUGGCUGGACGUGAAGAACCCGCAGCCGGUCGCCAACCCCGUCAGCUGGUGUCAGUUCGAGAUAAACUGCUCGAACCCGGGCGACAUGGGCGCUGCGCAGAGCCCCAAACCCAUUCCGCCGCCCCCUCUGGCGGUCGCCGCCGUCAACAUGCGCUGCGCCAUCAACCCCAAGACCCUGCAGAACGAGAUCGUCAUGAUUUCCUGCCUCACGCACACCAGAUACGCCCUGGACAAGCAGCCUCCCAAGCCGCCUUUCGAACACCAUUUUUGCGUGUUGACUUGUCCGAAAAGUUCCAUGAUGCCUCUGGACUUUCACAAGCAACUGGGCAACUACAAGGCCACCAAGGUCCAAAAAAUGGACUCGGAAAAGGCCCUAUUAAACUACUUCAUCAACCAAUUCAGCCGCAUAGACCCCGACUUGGUCGUGGGUCACGAUUUGCAGGGCUACCAAAUCAACGUGCUCUUCGACAGAUUGAAAGCGAACGGCAACGCCGCGGCCGACAAAAUCGGCAGAAUGCGCCGGGCCGACAAGUUAAAAAACGAGCGGGUUUUGUUCGUGGGCAGAUUAGUUUGCGACCUAAAAAUAUCCGCGAAAGAGUUGAUCAAGUCGCGGUCGUACGACUUGGACGCCCUCUGCUCGGCGGUGCUGAAAGUUAAGGAGGGUUUAAGGGUGGAGUUGGAGCCCGAGGAUGUGCCCAAGAUGUACCAAACCUCGGAGAAUAUCCUCAAGUUGGUGUCUUUCACGAUGCAGGAUACUUCGUAUAUACUUCAAAUUAUAUACGACUUGAACGUCAUACCUCUGGCGCUUCAGAUAACUAAUAUCGCCGGGAAUGUUAUGUCGAGGACUUUGAUGGGGGGUAGAUCGGAACGAAACGAGUUUUUACUGCUGCACGCCUUUUCGGAGAAGGAUUAUAUCGUCCCCGAUAAAGAGUACAAGAAGUUUAACAAAGAGGAAAAAAAACCACGUAAAAAACCCACCUACUCUGGCGGUUUAGUUUUGGACCCGAAAAUCGGCUUCUACGACCAACUCAUACUGCUAAUGGACUUCAACUCGCUCUACCCGUCUAUAAUACAGGAGUACAACAUUUGCUUCACCACCAUGUCGGCGAAUAUGGACGAAGAAAACAUGGUUCUCCCCGAUAAAAACUCCCCCCCUGGCAUUCUCCCCACGGAAAUUCGCAAACUCGUCGAAAGCAGACGCGAGGUGAAAAAAUUGAUGAACAACUCCGACAUCUCCAACGACUUGCGAAUGACGUACAACAUCCGCCAGAUGGCGUUGAAACUCACCGCCAACAGCAUGUACGGUUGCCUGGGUUUCUCAAACUCGCGAUUCUACGCGAAAAACCUCGCAGCUCUGGUCACCCAGAAAGGCAGGGAGAUUCUGACGAACACGCGCGAUUUGGUGCAAAAAAUGUGCUUCGAAGUCGUCUAUGGUGACACCGACAGUAUAAUGAUCAACACCAACUGCUUGGACUACGAUCAGGUGAUGAAGAUCGGCGUGAAAAUCAAGCAGGAGGUCAACAAACUCUACAAGCAAGUGGAGCUGGAUAUCGACGGCGUUUUCAAGUACUUACUGCUGCUCAAAAAGAAAAAAUACGCCGCUGUUACCCUCUCGAAGCUAAAAAGCGGCGAACUCAAAGCGGAGAAGGAGUACAAAGGGUUGGACAUCGUGCGCAGGGAUUGGUCUCAGUUGGCCUGCGAGGCCGGUAAGUUUAUUUUGGAGCACAUCCUCAGCGACCAAAACGCCGACGAUCGCAUCAACAACAUUCACUCGUACUUGGGGAAGAUCAAGGAGGAUCUGCAGGAUAAUAAAGUCCCCGUGCAGCUGUUGGUCAUCACCAAGGCACUCACCAAAGACCCCAAGAUGUACACCGACAAAAAUUCCCUGCCUCACGUGCAGGUGGCGCUGAGGUACAACCAACAGCACGGCGGGCAUAUGCGGGCUGGCGACACCGUCCCCUAUGUUGUCUGUGACGACGGAAGCGGCAAACAAGCCACCCAACGCGCCUACCACAUCGACGAGCUGAAAAACUCGAAAACCCUAAAAAUCGACGUCCAAUACUACCUGUCGCAGCAGAUCCACCCGGUGGUGUCUCGCAUCUGCGAUCCGAUCGAAGGCACCGACGCCUUCCAGAUCGCGGAGUGCCUCGGGCUGGACACCGCGUCCUUCAAGCGCCCCGCUGCGCGAUCCGACAACGCCGGCGAGAACGCCACGCGGCCCGAGGUGAAGUUCCGCGACGUCGACAAGUUCCGCUUCUCGUGCUUCGAUUGCAAGCACGAGAACGCGGUGGACGGCGCUCUCGUCGGCAACGCGCCCUUCCUGGAGAAGUGCGGCAACGUCGCGUGCUCGGUCAGGCCGAUCCAGUACCUGCCGUUCGUGCAGAACCAGCUGGCGAAGUGCAUAAGGGGGUACAUCAAGAAAUAUUACCGGAACGAGUUGACUUGCGAGGACCCGGCUUGCACCAACGAUACGAGGAGGUUGCCCAUGAAAUUUGCGGGGAAAUAUCCCGUAUGUACUCUCUGUAGGAGCGGGGUUAUGUACAGGAAAUACUCAGAGUCCAACUUGUACUCGCAGUUGACGUACUUCCAGCACAUUUUCGAUCUCUCCAAGCUCAACAAAAAGCCUUUAAUGGAGGAUCAAAUCGAACGGGGCUACACAGCUCUACGCGAAACCGUAGAGAAAUAUUUAAACCACUCCGGCUACUCUGUGAUCAAUUUAACCGAACUGUUUUCGGGGAUAUUCGUAAAAAAUAAUCACUUAAAUCCGGUUAAAGAAGAAGUUGAAGAUGUCCAUUAUGAUGAGGAGGAUUUUUAAUUAGUUUUUAUUUUUUAAUCCAUAAGUUUUAUUUUUUUAGAAUACAUUGUAAUUUAUUUAUACCUUUAAUAAUACAGCGUUUAUAUUAUUAUAAAACAAGUUUAUUUCAAUAUUAAUAAAAUACAAUACUUUUGUUUAGGAAGGAAUAUUUUGUGCAGCUUCGGUGAGUAAAUUUUCUUGCUCAGUUGCAAGAGACACUGAGCAAAUCAAAAUAUUGAUUUGUUCAGGCGAAGGGCAACCGAUUUGAAGCUGAUCUUCCGCGGUAAAGUCGCCUCUACUCAAAAUCUGCUCGAUUUGUAUGAAGGCGUUAACAAUGUUGUUUUUAAUGGGUCUGAAAAGAAUGAAUUCCGUCUCUCUGUUCGCCAAGUACAACUGCAUGGAUCUCUGUAUGUCCGGUAUGCGAUUUUUCAUGUUCUUCUGCGAUUCCAAAAUUACGUCGGCUAUUUUGUUCGGCUGCGCGAAAUCCUGACUUCUCACCGUCAACUCUGGGUUGUUGGUUUGGUGCUUGAUCUUCAAAAUGUGCUCGGAUUUCUCGAUCAAGGUUUGCAGUGAGGCAAUCAAGAAUUUGGUCACUUGCGAGAUAAACGAUUCGCAGGAGUGCUUCAGUUGCUUGUCGAUCUCUUUCCUGGAAUCCACCAGAUACUCCUUAACUCUCGGUGUGCCUUCCAAUAAGAAUUCCAGCAGCGCGUUGUUUGAACCGAACGUGAAAAUAUUGCUGCGCUGCUCGUAAAAGUGCCUUGCCGCCCUGGGGACUGUACUGAAAUCCAACGCCACCUCUUUGGCGGUGAAAUCGACCUGAAAGGGGGCUAUUUGCUCCCUGAUGAUCAACAAGUGUUUUAUUUGAAACAGUUGACCAUCCACGGGGGAUUUUUUGUCCGAUAUCAACCCAGCUGCAUGACCAACGGUCGAAAUACAAAUAACCAACGCCUCUUGCGCCAAACCUUGGAAAGUAUCUCUGUCCAAGCAAAAAUAUAACCUCGAUAGGCACACCAACGUUCUCUUGACGGUCGGGUACCACAUCCCGUGCAAAUCUGCCGGCGAAUUGCCGGUGUAAGACCGGAAAUGACCGGCGUUUAUAUUGGCGACUUCGUGGCUCUCUAUGGAAGCCACUGAAGACGGUCUCGAAUCGCGCAUAUCCAACGUUAUGUUCUCCAUUUGCUUCAGUUUUUCUGGAUAUGCUAAAUCAC